AUGGUUCUAACGCGUCAUCAAAGACGGUUGCUCUCUGCUAGGCUUGAGAACCUGGCACCAGAACUCCUGCACCGCAUCUUUGCGUGCUUCUGUCUCCACUGUCAUGGUCGACCUGACCUCCCAUUUUGGAGCCUACAUGAGCCCACAAGCUUGGAAGCAACGGCAUCUGCGGACUCAUCGACAUAUUGGGAGGGCCGUCAAGCUCUGUCCAGUCUCUGUCUCGUCUCGAGACGGUUCCGCGAUGUCGCUCAGGGUGUCCUCUUUCACGAAUUCAUCAUCCCGGUUGGUCGCCAGCCCACAUCGCUGCAUCGACGCGUAGAGCCCUUUCUUCGGACUCUAGCAUCACGGCCAGAUCUCGCCCGAGUGGUGUGUACCGUGGCCUUGGAUGAAUACCUAUCGCUGCGCUUAGACGUCGAGUAUGCUCGAGAGGUGGUAGAAGAAGCCUUGCACGCUUUGGGCACCAACUUUGCUCAUUUUUGGGAACGAAGAAAACAGUGCCAAGAGCCAGAACGCCACUCGGUAUGCUUUGAGAUCUCGCAGAGUUUCAUACUUGGACAGCUUCAGCCCGGAGACUCGAGCAGUGAAUACGUACAACGGCUUGUUAUGGCUGAGAUUCUCGUCCUUCUGGUCGCCUUACUCCCAAAUCUACAACAUCUCAUUCUUCGCGAUCUUCUCUUCCCGGAGCUAGUCUUCCCUGCGGCAGCCAGCGCACUUGACAUCACCAGGAUCCCUCUGAAAACACUUGACGCAAUGGCGGUGCCUCCUUCGAUCCUGGCUGUUGCGCCAGAUCUCGAGACGGUUCAUGUAGGUCCUCGAGACUCGUACCCCAAGAUGCCAAGUGCCAAAGGGGUCUACUUCUGUGGACAUGGAAGCGACGACAAUAUUGAUGUCAAGAAGGUCAUUUCUUUGUGCUCUAGCGCUCUUUCUACCUUUUCGUACCAAACAACCUUUAUCUGGUCAUCUGUCGACCAGAGCGUGGCCAAGAUGUUGCAGCCGCGAACAGCAGUGGAACUUCUCACUGACGUCUGCUCAAGUCUGCGAUCCUUGCAUCUUGACAUGCGUUUCAGGGUUGCUUUUGACAGAGACACGCAAGUUGAGCCAAUGCCGAGUUUAAAACAGUUCAUCGUGUUGGAGGAGCUGUUCCUUACCACCAACUCGGUAUAUAAUGGAUCAAGCCCAAUGGUAUCCGACGAGGAAUUUCUUGUGCAUCUUCUUCCUCAAAGCAUCCAAUCUGUUACAUUCGUUGACCCCGAGUUUCCCCCUCCAUCUGAACGCCUUCGUCGGGGCUUUCUUGGUCUGGCCGAUGCCAGGAGAGAUAAUGGCCUGUUUCCAAACCUCAAAGACUUGCGAUGCGACUCAAGGCAGGUCUGUGACGAUGGAGAAAUCAAGCAUUCCUUUUCCCAGGUAGGGGUGGACUUCAAGUAUCAAGAGUUCCCCACACUAAGCUGGAGCUAUUCCAGAGAUCCCCUACCCGCCGAGUCUCCCCGGCUUGCGCAUGAAGCUUAUCUGAGGGAGCUGGAACCAAACGGGCCUGGGCCUUUUACUUAUAAUUCGGACGAGGAUUUGUAA